AUGAAUGAAAAAAAAAAACUUGAUAUCAUCCGUAAUAUGCUAGGAGAACUUCUGGGCAAAAAAGAAGAUGGGAAUAAAAAAAUAAAUGAAAAGAAAGAUAAAUUAAAAAAGAAAUAUAUUGAAAAAUCUAAAAGAGUUCUACAUUUUUAUAGAAAUUAUAUGAAUGUGUUAGAAAAAGAGGAAUUAGAUAAAUUUGAAAACUUUUAUAAUAUGGUAUUAAACAAUUCUUUUGACUAUUCUAAAAAAGAUAAUAUAGAUAUUUAUAUGUAUUGUAAUGUAUAUCCUAUAUUAAAGAGAACAUUUGAAUCUUUUGUUUCUUAUGUUUCUAAUUUAUUACAACAUAAAAAUGAUGAUAAUUAUAAAAAAAUUAUAAAUAAUUUUGAUCCAAUAUUAUUGUUUUCUCAAUAUAUUAUACGCUUAACUGAUGAUGAUGAUGAUGAAAAUGAAUGUUCAUUAAAUGAGAUAUAUAACAAUAUGCAAAUACAUAUCAGAGAUACACAUGAGAUUGAAAAAAAUCAUAUUAAUUAUAAUAUGUAUUCAACCAUUAAAAAAGAAGAUAAUUAUAUAGAGGAUGAAUAUUAUAAGAGUGAUGAAAAAUAUAUUAAGGGUACUAGCAUAAAAAAUAAAGACAUUUUAGGAAGAAACAAAAUUAAAAAUCAUAUUAAAGACUUUUAUAAUACUUAUGAUAACUUAAUAGAAGAAAAGAAAUUAAAAGAACAACAAAAAAGAAAAGAAAUUAUGAAAAAUAUUUAUGAAAAAAAAAAUAUUUUAUCGCAAGAGGAAAUUUCUUUAUAUGAAAAUUAUUAUGAAGAAAAUAUCAAAAUAAAAACAUCUAUUCGUUAUAGGAAAAAAAAAAAUUUAAAUUCAACAUCAUAUAUUCAUAUAAACAAUUCUAAUAAUUCUUCAAACCAUUUUCUAAAUACGUUUAAUAUAUCACUAGAUUUGAAAGAAUCCGUAGAUUCGGUUAUGUGUCAAGAGGGUAUAAUAAAUAGAGACAAUAAAAUAGAAGUGAAAGAAUUAAAAAAUAUUAAUGAUAAUAUGAGUUGUAAAAAUUUUACAAAUGGAUCUUAUAAUAUAAAAAAGGAUGAUAAUAUAAAUCUAGAAGAAUAUAAAAAUAUUAAUAAUAUUGAAAGUAUGGAAAAUAUUAAAAAUAUUGAAAGUAUGGAAAAUAUUAAAAAUAUUGAAAAUAUUGACAAUAUUGACAAUAUUAAUAAUAUUAUUAAACUUAUAGAAUGUCAAGAAAACUCCUAUAUUGAAAAACGAAUUUAUUUAUUAUUAAAUAAAUGGGUUAAAGAAGAAAAUGGUAGGAAAUUUAUUAUACAUAAUAAAUCAAAAAUUGAACCUUUAUUUAAUGAAUAUAAAAAAAAAAAUUAUAUUGUUACUGAUAGGGAUAUAAUACCAUUAUUAUUUUUUAUAGAUAAAAAAUUAUAUUUAAAUUAUUCUCUAGUACAUCCAUAUAAUUAUAAUUAUUUUUAUUAUAUUUUUCAUUUAAAUUCUUCUUUUUAUUGUGCUGAUACUAAUAGUAUUACAUUUGAAGAAUUGUGGAAUUUCUUAGUUUCCAAUCUACCUUUAAAUAAUUAUUUAUAUAAAGAAGAUAUUUUAAUAGGUCUACAAAAAUAUGAAAAAAACAAACAACUUCAUAAGAAUUAUAUUUUUACUGUAACCUUUAUUAAAAAUUUUCUACUUUUUAUUUUGAUAGAAAUAUUUUUCAUGUUAUCAUAUAUAAUUAAAACGCAUUAUUAUAAGUAUAUCUUUGAUUAUAUAUAUUUAGAAAAAAAUAUAAAUGAUGUAAAAAAGACAGACCAAUAUAUCAACCAAAAUGUGAAACAGAUAGAUCAAGAUGAAAAAAUUAAAACAACAAAUAAUAAUAAUAAUAAUAGUAAUAAUAGUAAUAUUAUUAGUAGUAGUAAUAAUAAUGAUAAUUUUUUCCUUUAUAUUACCACUUCUUUUUCUUCUUUUCUUUCCUCGUCUUCUUCACCUUCAUCUACAUCUGAUAUUUCUUCUCCCACGUCUAUAACAUAUAAAAGUGUAGAAAAUAAUGAAUAUAUUGAAAAUAAGGAAGAUGUAAUAAAAGAAACUAUUGAAGAACAACAAGAUAAUAAUUAUACUAUAUUUAAUCAUGAUAAGGUUCUUCAAAGGAACACAGAAGUUGUAUGUGAUGAAAAUGCCAUAUGUGAUAAUAUUGAAAAUAAAAUAUUAAAUACAAAUCCUAAAUAUGAAACAAAUGAAAAUAAUAUAGAAGAAGAUAAGAAAGAGGAAUAUUUUUUAUCAAAUCAGUUAAAUGCAUUUAUUAAUUUUUUAUUGCUCCUUUGGGGUAUUAAUAUAACCUUUGAUGAUAUAAAUCAUGAAGAAUUUUUAAUUACAGAAGAACUAUCAACAGAUACGGAUGAUAAUUUUAUAAAUGUGGAUACAAAUUAUUCUACAAAUGGGAUUACUACUACCAAUAAUAAUGAUAAUAAUAAUUAUCAUAGUGAUAGUAAUAAUUAUGAAGAUGAUGAUGAAAAAUUAAAAAGCAUUAACCAAACAAAUAAAAAAGUAAAACAUAAAAAGAAAGAUAUUAGAAAUAAUUACAAUUUAUAUGAUACAAAUGAUGAAGACGGAGAAGAAAAAAUGAUAAACGCAUCGAAAAAGAAGACACAAAAUUUAUACAACAAAAAUUACCAAAGUGAUAGUAAUAUAAAUAUAUCAAUAAAAAAAUACAAAAAAAAUACCCAAAAAAAAACCAAAAAUGAGGAAAGAACAAAAAGUUUGAUAAUAAUUAGAAAAAGGAAUAAUAAGAAAAAAAAAAAUAAACACAAAAACAAAGAAAAUAAUAAUAAUAAUAAUAAUAAUAAUAAUAAUGAAAUAUAUAAAAAUUUAAUAGAUAAUGAUAAUACUCAUCAACAAAACAAUAACAUAUUUGAUUAUAAUAAAAAUUAUGUAAAGGACCAAGAAUAUUUAAAUGAUGAAAAAUAUAUGAAUGAUUAUAAAGAAUAUUAUGAAUUUAAAGAAAAGUACCAACAGAACAAUUAUGAACAGAUUAUCAAAAAUUUCAUACAUUCAAUUGUGAAACAAUUAAAACCUUACAAAAAAAAUUAUUAUAAUAAGAUUAUUAAAGUGAUAAAAAAUAAUAAACUACAAAAUGUAUUCAUAAAUAUAUUUGAAAAACAAAAUAGUAACAUACAAAACAAAAAUGAUGAUACACAUAAAAAAUUAGAAGAAUUACAUAUAUUCGAUCAAAAUAAAAUAAAAAAUAAUAUACACGAAAAUUUUGAAAACAAUAAUUACAACAAUGAUAAUAUAUCACACAUUAACAAUUAUAAUGACAACAACAUAAAUAAUAAUAUAGAAGAUCAAAAAAUUAAAAGAAGUGAGAAUUCAUCAUGUAAUAUACAAUCACAUGUGAAUUGUGUAGAAGAAAAUAAAAUGAAAAAAAAUUCUUCUUUUGACAUUGUAACAAGAGAAAAAUAUAUAUCAUAUAUUAUAUAUUUUACACAAACUUAUAUUAAGAAAAAAAAAAAAAAAAAAAAAAAUAUAUAUAUACAAGAUAAAAACAUAUCAUCUAUUAACAUUUUAAAGAAUGAACAAAAAAAAAAUACUUUUAUCGAUAGUAUAUUAACAUUAUGUAAUUUCAAAUUAUAUAAAAAAAAAUUUCUUAAUAAAUUUAAUUCUGAGAAUAUUUAUAUAUUACUCUUUUUUGUUUAUUAUGUAAAUAAACAAAUAGAUGAUUUGUUGACUCAUAAUCUUUUACCAAAAAAAAAAAAAAAAAAUAAUAAUAAAAUAAAAUAA